AUGCAAUAUUGUUUGGAUGCAAGACCAGAAGAAAGAACUUACAAUCAACUAAAUUCUAGAAGAAUUGAAUUACAAGAAAUCCAGGAUGAUUAUUCAAAUUUUUCACGAAACAUUCAUGAACAGGUAGAGUCUGACACAGAUCAAACUUUUCUCAAAGAACGUUACAUUGAAAAUGAAAAAGCUAGAAUUAUAGCCGAAGAAGUAUCUGACGCAUACUGGCCGGCAAAUAGGAGAAAGGAAUGCAAGCCAGCAAUUCCUCGGCAACCAGAAGAAUGUUGGGGACUGAAGUUACUGCUUGUCCGACUGUCGAAAGAACUAACAGAGUACGAUUUGGAAACAAUUAAGUUUCUGUUGAUAGGCAAGAAUGAUGGGGAUAGCGCAGGAUAUCUUCAAAAUGCAUCACCUCUUAAAGUGUUUGACCUUUUACAAACGAGAAACUUCGUUACAAGUAAAGACUUGCUCUUUCUACAAACGAUUCUGGCUGCACUAGGAAACGAAUCGCUUAUUGAUAUGGUUUACAAGUACGCCCAAAACACAGAAAAUGUUUUGCACUUUGAUCCACCGCUUAGAUACACCGCAACUGGCGACCAUCUUAGAGAAAUCAACGUGAGAGGAGUUGAUUUCCGUUGCUACUCCACCAUUCAACUUGACAUAUUGUGCAACAGGAUAUUAAGAAUAGCAGCAGUCUGCUCAAACCGCCGGCCAAUUUCAACAUCGUGCGAACAACUAAGGCUUUCUACAUGUAUAUCUUGUUCCCGGGAUAAUACGUGCGGUAGCAGCGACGAUUUGCUCGUAUAUGAAAUCAAUGAACCGUGUGAGCCAUCACAAGAAACACAUGUCAAGAACUCUAGAAGCAGGCAUUACGUUCUUUUCUGUGACACUGGAAUACAAACUGAUACAGAAAUCGUUGACAUACAGCAUCGACACGCACUAGCAGAAGAAAACGAGCGUCUAAAACGACAACUGGCUGAAGCAAAACAGUACAUACAAAUGCAAGCAAUGGACAUUUCUGAAAUGAAACACAUGAAGAAAUCGAAAAGUCUGGAAACAAACAAUCUUCAGUUAUAUGAUGAUAUGCCAUCUCUUUUGACAAAUAUUCUUGAAACAACAGAUGUAAGUGAAAGCGAAGAGUUUGAUAGUUCCCAUAUGAACAAGCUGACAAAAGACAGAGAGUAUGAAUUGAAUUCAUUGAAAAAAGACAAUGCCGUCCUAAACAUGAGAGCUUCCGUAUUAUCAGAAGAAUCCCAAAAUCUUCUGUUUAAAUAUAACGAAGCCCAGUCUAAAUAUGAAGAAACUUUGUCGAAAUAUAAUGAGGCCAUCAAAGAGAAUGGAGAGCUUAAGGUUGAAAAGUUAGACACAGAAAUACAAAUGACCAUUUUGCAAAGGAACUUUGAUGAGCUUAAAGCAAAGCUUGAAACACGAAUAGAGGAAGAAAAUUCGCUCAUUAUGGGUCUGAGAAAUGAGCUGGAAAUGACAACAGCAAGCUUGCUCAAUGCACAAAAUGAUAAACGUUUGUAUGAACUGACGAGAUGUUUGGAGCAGAUAGCAUCAAUGUCCAUGACAGUGAAGAAAGUGUAUGGCAACUUCCAUCCGGCACACGAACAUAUUUCACCGGAGCAGGACGAACUUUUUAGAAAGUCUCUGUCAGGAAAAAUUGGAAGAAUUUAUCCACAAAUUUAUUACACAACAAAUAAAAGAUGA